AUGUACCUUCUCUCCCUCCCAACAUUCCUUUACCCUCUCUCCCUCCCAACAUCCCUUCACUUUCUCUCCCUCCCAACAUUCCUUUACCUUCUCUCCCUCCCAACAUCCCUUCACUUUCUCUCCCUCCCAACAUCCCUUUACCUUCUCUCCCUCCCAACAUCCCUUUACCUUCUCUCCCUCCCAACAUCCCUUCACUUUCUCUCCAUCCCAACAUUCCUUACCUUCUCUCCCUCCCAACAUUCCUUACUUUCUCUCCCUCUCAACAUUCCUUUACCUUCUCUCCCUCCCAACAUUCCUUUACCCUCUCUCCCUCCCAACAUCCCUUCACUUUCUCUCCCUCCCAACAUUCCUUUACCUUCUCUCCCUCCCAACAUCCCUUCACUUUCUCUCCCUCCCAACAUCCCUUUACCUUCUCUCCCUCCCAACAUCCCUUUACCUUCUCUCCCUCCCAACAUUCCUUACCUUCUCUCCCUUCCAACAUUCCUUUACCUUCUCUCCCUCCCAACAUUCCUUACCUUCUCUCCCUCCCAACAUUCCUUUACCUUCUCUCCCUCCCAACAUUCCUUUACCUUCUCUCCCUCCCAACAUCCCUUUACCCUCUCUCCCUCCCAACAUCCCUUUUCUCUCCCUCCCAACAUUCCUUUACCUUCUCUCCCUCCCAACAUCCCUUUACCUUCUCUCCCUCCCAACAUCCCUUUACUUUCUCUCCAUCCCAACAUCCCUUUACUUUCUCUCCCUCCCAACAUUCCUUUACCUUCUCUCCCUCCCAACAUCCCUUCACUUUCUCUCCCUCCCAACAUUCCUUUACCUUCUCUCCCUCCCAAUAUUCCUUUACCUUCUCUCCCUCCCAACAUUCCUUACCUUCUCUCCCUCCCAACAUCCCUUCACUUUCUCUCCCUCCCAACAUCCCUUUACCUUCUCUCCCUCCCAACAUUCCUUACCUUCUCUCCCUCCCAACAUUCCUUACCCUCUCUCCCUCCCAACAUCCUGUACCUUCUUUCCUUCCCAACAUCCCUUUUCCCUCUCUCCAUCCCAACAUCCCUGUACCUUCUCUCCCUCCCAACAUCCCUUUUCCCUCUUUCCAUCCCAACAUCCCUUUUCCCUCUCUCCAUCCCAACAUCCCUGUACCUUCUCUCCCUCCCGUAUUAG